AUGGCCGAACUUUUCUUCGGAGUCUGGACGCCCAAGACUGACGCCUUGGGAUUGACCGAAAAUAAUGCUUCGAUAGCCCUUGACCGCGCAAUAUUCGUUCAUGCGUCAUCACAGGGAUGCAUGGCAGGCCUGGAUCCCAAUACCUUCUUCCUCCACGUUCCUAUCUAUGUCCGUCGAAGUUACGAGCGAUUGGCAAGAUCGAGUGCACUCAGUCUUCUGAUCACCUCGGAGGAUCUCGUGCAAAGGUCUGGCACUUUCCGGUCGGCCUCCUUGCUGACCAGAGUAUGCACUCCGCGGGUAGAUUACUGGGGCACGAAUGCAGAGGACGACAACGAGACCUUGGGAAUACACGGCUUCAAGUGGCAAGCUGUAUCUGAGCUUGAUAGCUGGUCAGGGAAACAAGAAUCAGCCAAGGAUUACCCAUCUGGCGUUCGAAGGCAUGAGGGCGAUUCAGUCCUCUCCUUCGAUAACAUCGCACUUGCCCGACGCAAGGCUUCGAGAUCACUGCACAUGCCAGAUAAAGUUGUUGUACUGACCUUGCUAAGGCUAGAUGGCGAGAGGUUGGAACUCUCAAAGGGACACGCUGGAGACAAUCCCUCAUUUGCGCUGAAACUGAUGGAGAAUGAAGCAGAUGGAUCGCAGCCAGGAUGA